GACAGAGGCAGAGCUCUGUAUCUCAGUGCAUCUCCUCUCCAGGGCAGGCAGACCUCCUGAGCAGUCUUCACACUCAUCAUUCUCAGCAAUGUCAUCUAUGUCGUCUUAUUCUAUGCGCACCUCCUAUUCUGGAGGUAGAGGCCUCAGUGGAGGUCUGAGUACAAGCCUGGGUGGAGGCUUCACUGGAGCCUUGGGUGGAGGUAUGGUGCGAAGAUCAUAUGCCACAAGUGUGCAUGGUGGUGCUGGUGGCAGUGGAGCUAGAAUCUCUGUGUCCUCUUACGGAAGUGGAGGCGGUGGAGGUGCCGGGUAUGGCUUCAGCAUGGGAGGAGGUGGAGGCUUCGGUGCAGGUGAUAGCGUGGACAUCGGGGCCAAUGAGAAGGCCACAAUGCAGAACCUGAACGACCGUCUGGCCUCCUACCUGGACAAGGUGCGCAGCCUUGAGAAAGCCAAUGCUGAGCUGGAGCUCAAAAUCCGCCAGUUCUUGGAGAGCAAGACUGCCCCCACUUCCCGUGACUACUCUGCUUAUGAGGCCACCAUUGCUGACCUGCAGGGAAAGAUCCAGGAUGCCACCCGCGUCAAUGGAGGCAUCUAUCUGGCAAUCGACAAUGCAAAACUGGCAGCUGACGAUUUCAGAACCAAGUAUGAGAAUGAGCUAGCUAUGCGUCAAUCAGUGGAGGCAGAUAUCGCCGGUCUGAAGAGACUGUUGGAUGAGCUGACACUGGCCAGAUCAGACCUGGAGAUGCAGAUAGAAGGACUCAAGGAGGAGCUGAUCUUCCUCAAGAAGAACCAUGAGGAGGAACUGGCAGCCAUGAGGAACCAGAUGAGCGGACAGAUCAACGUAGAGGUAGACGCAAAGCCACAGGUCGACCUGGCCAGCAUCAUGGCUGAGAUCCGUGAGCAGUAUGAGAAUGUGGCGGCCAAAAACCAGAAAGAACUUGAAGCCUGGUUCCAGACAAAGUCAGAGGCACUGAACAAGGAGGUGGCAGUCAGCACAGAAAGUCUCCAAACGUCCAAGUCAGAGAUCACUGAGAUCCGUCGCACACUGCAGGGUCUGGAGAUCGAGCUUCAGUCACAACUUAGCAUGAAAGCGGCCCUGGAAGGCACCUUAGCUGACACAGAGGCUCGGUAUUCCAUGCAGCUCCAAGGCCUCCAGAUGCAGGUGACGGGCCUGGAAGAACAAAUAAUGCAGCUGCGUGCUGACAUGGAACGCCAGGGCCAAGAGUACCAAAUGCUGCUUGACAUCAAGACACGGCUGGAGAUGGAAAUUGCAGAAUACAAGAGGCUGCUGGAUGGAGAGGGCAGUGUCGGUAUCAGUACCAGUAGUUCUUCAAGGGGCACUACAAAGGUAGUAGUGGUCACAGAGGAACUGCAGGAUGGCAAGCUGGUGUCCUCCUCCACCAGCAUCGCAUAAUCUGUCUCACACAGCAAACACAACACAGAGGGAAACACCUGAAGACUGCAAACUCAACAUGAAUCCAAAACUUCCUUCACAUACACUUGUGAAUGCAAUAAAAGGCUCUUUGUUUGCUGACUACCA